AAGAAACUAAGAAAGAAAGAGAGGCAAUUUUAAGGGUGCUGUCCGUUUCACAGUUUCCUGCCCUAAAAAGGGAACCCUCUCUGCUUUCUCGCUGUUCUUUACCUGUAAACCAAUUUUGAUUCUGCUUUAUAACUGUCUCCGCAAUUAUCUUCAAUCCCCACAUCUCGCUUGAGCUUCUCGUAUCAGUUACUUCCAUGGAAGACCGGAAGGAGAAAAAUGCUCCAUGGCUAUCAGUGCCGCAAUUUGGGGACUGGGACCAGAAGGGACCAUUGCCAGACUACUCACUUGACUUUUCCAAAAUCAGGGAAAUGAGGAAACAGAACAAGAGGGAUGUGUCAAGAGUCAGUCUUGGAAAUGAAGAAGAGCUCAUGUCAAAGCCAACCUCCACUGAAACCACUGCCCACAAUGAUCACCACCACCAUUACCACCACCAGAACCAUGACUCCCCCGCUACGAGGAGGAGCUUUCUCAGCUACUUCAACUGUUGUGUGAAAGCCUGAGCUUCCAUUCAGAUGUAUUUCAAGUCUCACGUAAUGAUGAUGUAUUGAGAACUGCCCCAGUCCCCUUUUUGUUUUUGUUCCCCGCAUUCUCAAAUGUUUAUCUAUUCCUUUCUCCUACAUUACAUCCUGCAAAUCUUUGUGGACUUCAUGGUUUGAAACUUUAUUCGACUGUAAAUGAGCUUGAAACAUGUACAUCGUUAAUGGAUAUUCGUGUUAGACACGUAGUAUUGGAGAA